GAGGGUGGGGGUGGGCGGAGGGCGGGGAGGGGGGGCGGCGGCGGAGGAGGAGAGACGCGGGCAGCGCAGGCGGCGAGGCGCGCUGGGUACCGGGCCGGGGGAGCCGCGGGCUCGCGGGGAAGGGCCGGAUGAUGAACAAGCUUUACAUCGGGAACCUGAGCCCCGCCGUCACCGCCGACGACCUCCGGCAGCUCUUCGGGGACAGGAAGCUGCCCCUGGCGGGACAGGUCCUGCUCAAGUCCGGCUACGCCUUCGUGGACUACCCCGACCAGAACUGGGCCAUCCGCGCCAUCGAGACCCUCUCGGGUAAAGUGGAAUUGCAUGGGAAAAUCAUGGAAGUUGAUUACUCAGUUUCUAAAAAGCUCAGGAGCAGGAAAAUUCAGAUUCGAAACAUCCCUCCUCACCUGCAGUGGGAGGUGUUGGAUGGACUUUUGGCUCAAUAUGGGACAGUGGAAAAUGUGGAACAAGUCAACACAGACACAGAAACUGCUGUUGUCAACGUCACAUAUGCAGCAAGAGAAGAAGCGAAAAUGGCCAUCGAGAAGCUAAGUGAGCAUCAGUUUGAGAACUACUCCUUCAAGAUUUCCUACAUCCCGGAUGAAGAGGUGAGCUCCCUUUCACCCCCUCAAGAAGCCCAGCGUGGGGACCAGUCUUCCAAGGAACAAGGCGACACCCCUGGGGGCUCUUCUCAGGCCAGACAGAUUGAUUUCCCGCUGCGGAUCCUGGUCCCCACCCAGUUUGUUGGUGCCAUCAUCGGAAAGGAGGGCUCAACCAUAAAGAACAUCACUAAGCAGACUCAGUCCCGAGUAGACAUCCACAGAAAAGAGAACUCUGGAGCUGCAGAAAAGCCCGUCACCAUCCACGCCACCCCAGAGGGGACCUCAGAAGCAUGCCGCAUGAUUCUUGAGAUCAUGCAGAAAGAGGCUGAUGACACCAAACUAACCGAAGAAAUUCCUCUUAAAAUCUUGGCCCACAAUGGCUUAGUCGGAAGACUGAUUGGAAAAGAAGGCAGAAACUUGAAGAAAAUUGAACAUGAGACAGGGACCAAGAUAACAAUCUCAUCCUUGCAGGAUUUGAGCAUAUACAAUCCGGAGAGAACCAUCACUGUGAAGGGCACCAUUGAGGCCUGUGCCAAUGCAGAAGCAGAAAUCAUGAAGAAGCUUCGAGAAGCCUUUGAGAAUGAUAUGCUGGCUGUGAAUCAACAAGCCAGUCUGAUCCCAGGAUUGAACCUCAGCGCACUUGGCAUCUUCUCAACGGGACUGUCCGUGCUGCCUCCACCAUCAGGGCCCCGGGGAGUCCCCUCUGUGCCCCCCUACCACCCGUUCGCUACCCACUCUGGCUACUUCUCCAGCUUGUACCCCCCUCAUCAGUUUGGUCCAUUUCCACAUCAUCACUCUUAUCCAGAGCAGGAGAUUGUGAAUCUCUUCAUCCCAACCCAGGCUGUGGGGGCCAUCAUCGGGAAGAAGGGGGCGCACAUCAAACAGCUGGCUAGAUUUGCGGGGGCCUCCAUCAAGAUUGCCCCUGCAGAAGGCCCGGAUGUCAGCGAAAGGAUGGUUAUCAUCACCGGACCACCUGAAGCCCAGUUCAAGGCCCAGGGGCGGAUCUUUGGGAAACUGAAAGAAGAGAACUUCUUUAACCCCAAAGAGGAAGUGAAGCUGGAAGCCCACAUCAGAGUGCCCUCUUCCACAGCUGGCCGAGUGAUUGGCAAGGGCGGCAAAACCGUGAACGAGCUGCAGAACUUAACCAGCGCGGAAGUUAUUGUGCCUCGUGACCAGACACCAGAUGAAAAUGAGGAAGUGAUCGUCAGAAUCAUUGGGCAUUUCUUUGCUAGCCAGACGGCACAGCGCAAGAUCAGGGAAAUUGUACAACUGGUGAAGCAGCAGGAGCAGAAAUACCCUCAGGGAGUCACCUCACAACGCAGCAAGUGAGGCUCCCACAGGCACAGCAAAACAACGGAUGAAUGUAGCCCUCCAACACCUGACAGAAUGAGACCAAACACAGCCAGUCAGACCGGGAGCAAACCAAAGACCAUCCUGAGGAAUGAGAAGUCUGCCCAGGCACCAGGGCCCCUGUAGAGGCCCUGAGGAGCUGAGGGGCCAGGAGGGAGGCUUGGGCCCCCUGCCUCCCUCCGGGCCUCUGCAGGCUUCCCAGCCAUCCACUUCAUUCACUGGGAUCUCUUCUUACUCUCACCAAGCUAUCCCUUUUAGUUGAACUAACAUUAGGUGAAUGUGUUCAAAGCAAAGCAAAACUUCACACCCUUUUCUUUCUGUGGACAAGUUGUCUCUGUACAUGUGUGUACAUAUUAGAAGAGGGAAGAUGUUAAGAUAUGUGGCCUGUGGAGUACACAGGGUGCCUGCAGCAUUAAUAUAUUUUAGAAAUAAUAUAUCAAAUAACUAACUCCAAUUUUUAAUCAAUUAUUAAUUGUUUUUCUCUUCCUUUCUUUCUUUCUUUCUUUCUUUCUUUCUUUUUUUUUUUUUUUAAGAGAAAGCAGGCUUUUCUAGACUUUAAGGAGUAAAGUCAUUGUUUGGGAGGCCUAACAGUUUAGUGAGGAGCUUUGAGGCCACUCAUGCAAAGUUCACCCAAAGGGAAAGCUCGUGUAAAGGACACUGCCAGCAGUUCCGGGUCACCUGUGUUCGUCAGCAGAAGGGAUACCAUCUGUCUCAAGAGGAAACUGUCUCUUCAUCCCUGUCUAGUUCACACAUGCAUAUCUCUUUGCUUCACAGGUUUUAAACUGGUUGUUUUUUUUUUUUUUGCAUAUUGCUAUAUAUAAUUCUCUGUCUUUCUGUUUAUCUCUCCCCCUGCCUUAUUCUCCCUCCCCUUCUUCUCCAUCCCUUUCUUGUUCAUGCCCUCAUCCCUCUGUCUCAGUUCCCAUAUCUAUGCACUCCCCCCCCACCCCCAGGCAAAGCAGUGCUCUGAAUAUCACAUCACACAAAAGGAACAAAAACGAAACACACAAACCAGCCUCAACUUACACUUGGUUACUCAAAAGAACAAGAGUCAAUGGUACUUGUCCUAGCAUUUGGAAGAAGAAAACAGGAACCCUUCAGACCAAACAAUGAAAAAUCCCACAAGGAAAGAAUGUAUUUUGUCUUUUUACAUUUUGGUACAUAAGCCGUCAGUAUUCAUCAAAAUGAUUUCUUUCUUUUUAAAAAAUGUGGAGAAUAGAAAUUUAUGAGGUCGUUGGCCCAGGGCGUUAAAUUUACAAAAUUUUUUUAACGAGAAAAAUACACACUAAAAAAAGCUACCUCAGGUGUUUUUUACCUCAGCACCUUGCUCUUGUGUUUCCUUAGAGAUUUUGUAAAACGGAUAGUUGGAGCAUUUUUUUAUUUUUUUAAUAAAAAUGAGUUGGAAAAUAAAAAAAAUAUCACUGCCAGCCUGGAGAAGGUGACAGUCCAAGUGUGAAACAGCUGUUGUGAAUUGUCUUCCGCUAGCCAAGAACCUGUAUGGCCUUUUUUUGGGGACGAACCUUAAAAAAAUGUUUAUUGGGGAAAAAAAAAUGAGAAAGAAAAACAGAGAAAAUAUUGGCGAUGUCCUGAAUUUCAAUAGGGUACGUGCCAUUAGGGCUUUCUGCGCUAAAGGAUGAACGUGUACUGGUUAUGUGAAGAAGCCAUUUUACCACCAGACUGCAAUGCCAGUUUCCUCUACUGCAAACAGUGUUCUGUGACAAAAAAAAAUAAAUAAAAGCAAACAAACAAACAAAAAGAAAGAAAUAUAUCCAGCUAACAAGA